UACCAUUUGAAAUAAAACGUCACGAUUCAGAGAACGUUCGAUAGAAGUGAACAUUUUGUUUUGGUAUAGCAAAUUUAUUUUGUUUUAUUAUUUAUUAAACUAUUAAGCGUUAAAGUUUAAUAGCAAACCACAAAAUUCAAUAACACAUUAUAAUUUAAUCAAUUAAACUGAUUUAGCUACAUCCACGGAAAAGAAUUCAAGAUGGCACGUUACUUCAAAGAGCAGGAUAUUGACGAGUUUCGAGAGUGCUUCUACCUGUUUGCACGAUCUGGACAAAUAAAUUCGCUGGAUGAGUUAACUGUAAUUAUGCGUUCUCUCGGUUUAUCACCUACAAUUCAAGAGCUAAUUGCUUAUUUGAAGAAGAAAGGAGGCAAAAUGAGCUUUGCAGAUUUCCUCGAAAUUAUGCAUCAACAUUCCAAAGUGGAAAAAAUACCUGAUGAAGUUAUUGCUGCGUUCAAAGCAGCAGAUUCCCAAAACACGGGCACCAUUUCGGCAAGACAACUACGAAAUUUACUACAGAAUUGGGGGGAGGGCUUGUCAGUGCGUGAGGUUGACAACAUCUUUCGCGAAGCAAACGUGAACAAUAACAGCAUGGUUCGAUAUGCAGAUUUCAUCAAAAUUGCUUGCGCACCAGUUCCAGACUACUAUUGAAAAUAGUAUUUUUUUACCUCCCACUGAACAAGUGGUAGACGUCAAAGAAGUAUUCAUUAGCAUAUCAAACGUUCAGAUUUUCUUAUUUAUAACCACAAUGUCAAAUUUAUAUCCAAUAAAAUAUACUUUGUUUUUCUAGUUUACUUUGA